UAACGAAGUCGGCACAAGGCAYAAAAUAGGAUCUUCAUGUCAGUAGCACAAUUUCGGCAGGCGUGAAAUUGAAAAGAUAACACAUCGGUGAAGGAAAAAAGAUGACGAAACAUUCUUCGAUUUAUAUGCUAUGGGUAUUCAUUGCCUCCAUUGCAACUGGAAGUGCACUCAGUGCUCCAAGUCCUCCCGUGAAGGCACCACCUGUGACGGCUAGCGUCUACGAGGAAACACUUCCGAUGUUGUAUGGUGAGUGUCUGUGUGGCUCGACUUCAAUCCAGCGAGUUCACGUUUAUACCCAUAGAGAGAUGGACGGAUUUCAUCGAGAUGCGCCCAAUUCUUCGAUUCCGUUUUGAAUCAAUCUCACUUUUUGACUUGCAUGUAUGRCAUUCUCUUGAUAAUUUUACCGAUUCAAUCUUUGRCUGUACAACCAUACCGACUUUCCAACGCAUGCAGCUUCACGUCUCGUYUACAACUUCGCGGACAUCGUAGMAAGAGCAAGAGMCGAUAAAAUCGAUUUGAAACUCCCAGAGGACUUCCCUCUAAAAGAUCUCAGUCGAUUCCAGGAARAGAGUAUUGACUUGAGGGAAUUCAACGGCGGGAAYGGCAUCAGCUUUGCCCAAUUGAACGACGUYUUGAAUCUCAAUGCAGAGGUCAUCGCUGCCAAGUUCAACGAURAAGACUCURAAUAUACCAAGUCCGUGGUCACUGAKRUCAGAGACUAUUUUGCARAUUCCGAGGGUGACGAAGGAUCCGAAAAAAAUUAUUWCCUAUCGACCUACCGAAGUCUCCAGAACAAAAUCGCAUGCGUCUAUGGCGUAGUGAAGGAUACGUGAGUAYUAACGAAUAUCAGCAAGGGACAUUCGAU